UUUACUAUGUCAGUGUGCAAACUAAACGAGUUCCCAUCAUCAUUUAUAAUAAGUUACGCCGUGCACUCUUGCUUCCGCAACUCAUUUCGGUUCAAGUAGGCGAUGAGGCUGUGUAUUAAUUAUUUAUGUUUAAUUGGCUUAAUAUCAAUCUAAUCUAUCUAAUAUUUUCACCAUCAUUUUCAUAAAUUCUGAUAUUAUGAAUUACCAUAUUUUCCACGUAGCAAUAACCCUAGUAAGCCUUGCAUUAUAUUACAAAAAGCACUGGUGCUUUUUAUUUCACUACCUAGGCUAUUUGUUAAAUACAUAGCUGGAAUAGAAAUUAGGUAAUCAACGCAGGUUUAAAGGAAAGCCGAGUCUAUUGUGAAUAGCCAGAGAUAUUUUGGGCACACUGUCGCGGGUAAUAAUUUGGCCAGAUAGCGGUCUGGGUGAGAAUAUGCUGUCAGCCUCCUUUCAACAGUUUGCUGGGUGCGUUCAAAGAGGGCGCGCCGGAGGGUGGCACCUAAAGUGAGAAGCUGCGCGCCGCGUCUCCGUUUGAUGCUGGUGCCUAUUUAGGCUGCGAUUGGGAGACGGGUGGAAGUGUGUCAAAGGCUGGUGGGCGUGAGUACACGUUCAUAAGCCCCCAGUGUGCGCUCCAUAGUAUACUGAGAAGGAUCGGGCUGAGACGGAGGAAGAGGCGAGAGGACGCGGCGGCUCCAGCUCAGUGGAGCUACUGGGAGGAGGCGCGGCUGGCUACUCCUGCUCCUCCAUCCUAUAGCACCUGUAUGGACGACCACUUCAGCCUCCUCGCCUCGCCUCCUCCGUCGUCUACCAAGCACAGGGGCGGAAAUAUCAUCAACCACGGAUACACGGAGAACGACCACGAAACCAUGACAGUUGUUGCUUGUGACAACAUGCUGGAGGAGACCUCAGCCCUUCCCGGGCACCUCUCUUUGGACCGCUACGAGCCCGACCACGAGUGCUGCGAGAGGGUGGUCAUCAACAUCUCUGGCUUGCGUUUCGAGACGCAGCUCAAAACUUUUAACCAGUUUCCCGACACUCUGCUUGGGGACCCCAAAAAGAGGAUGCGCUACUUCGACCCCUUGAGAAACGAGUACUUCUUUGACCGGAACCGACCCAGCUUCGACGCCAUCCUCUACUACUACCAGUCGGGAGGGCGGAUCCGGAGACCUGUUAACGUGCCCAUUGACAUUUUCUCCGAGGAGAUCCGCUUUUAUGAGCUGGGGGAAGAGGCUAUGGAGAAAUUCCGAGAGGAUGAGGGUUUUAUUAAAGAGGAGGAACGUCCCCUACCCAGUCAUGAAUUUCAAAGACAGGUGUGGCUCUUGUUUGAGUAUCCGGAGAGCUCGGGUCCGGCCAGGGGGAUCGCUAUUGUCUCCGUGCUGGUUAUUCUAAUAUCCAUCGUGAUAUUUUGCCUGGAAACCUUACCUGAAUUCCGUGACGAUAAAGACCUAAGUACCGUGGCCCCACUCACUAACGGAACGGGGCCUUAUCCUACAAACAGUUUCACCGAUCCCUUCUUUGUUAUUGAGACCCUAUGCAUCAUCUGGUUCUCAUUCGAGCUGCUCGUCCGGUUCUUUGCCUGCCCGAGCAAAGCCACCUUCUCAAAAAACAUCAUGAACAUCAUCGACAUCGUGGCCAUCGUGCCUUAUUUCAUCACGCUGGGCACGGAGCUGGCAGAGAGGCAGGGCAACGGGCAGCAGGCGAUGUCCCUGGCUAUCCUAAGGGUGAUCAGGCUGGUGCGGGUGUUCCGCAUCUUCAAGCUCUCCCGGCACUCCAAGGGGCUCCAAAUUUUAGGGCAGACACUUAAAGCCAGCAUGAGGGAGCUGGGACUCCUGAUUUUCUUUCUUUUUAUUGGGGUGAUCCUGUUCUCCAGCGCCGUGUAUUUCGCGGAGGCGGACGACCCCACCUCUAGUUUCAGUAGCAUACCUGAUGCCUUCUGGUGGGCUGUGGUCACCAUGACCACGGUCGGGUACGGGGACAUGCAUCCCGUCACCAUCGGUGGCAAAAUUGUCGGCUCCUUGUGUGCCAUCGCUGGCGUGCUGACCAUUGCCUUGCCGGUGCCGGUCAUCGUCUCCAACUUCAACUACUUUUACCACAGGGAGACGGAAGGAGAGGAACACGCUCAAUACCUGCAAGUCGGCAGCUGCCAGCAUCUGUCCUCCACGGAGGAGUUAAAAAGGACACGCAGCGCAUCCUCCCUCAGCAAAUCGGAGUAUAUGGUGAUAGAGGAGGGGAUCAACAAUGCGUUCAAGCCGCCUAACUUUACCACUCAAAACAACCAGAACUGCGUUAACAUCAAACAGAUUUUUACAGACGUGUAACCCCUGUCGGGCAGGGAUCGGGGAUGAUUAUACUCAAAUCACGACUUGUGCUUUUUUGCUCAUGUUAGUUGUGACUUUGUCUGUGCAACUCUGUGGAGGCAACGCGAUAGAUUACGUGCCCUGUGGGUCCAGUGCGCCGAGUUAUUUCGACCCGCCGUUCAGUUAGAAAGACGUGUCGAAAUGUUUUUCCAACACGAUCUCCUUGUGCUGCUUUUGUUUUGUUGAAGUUAAAUAGAAGUCAGCAGUCGUUCUGUAUGGUAGCUCUCGUUUUUAUGUGUUGUAAACGAAAGAGACCAUGUUUACUGUCAGUAUUCUAUUUGUAAUGUGCAAUUUACUUCGUAUUUGAAGUGUCUUUAAAAAGCGUAUAACCAAUAAUAUAUUGUAAAAAUGAAUGCAGCUAGGAUGGAGGGUUCUUUCUAAGGCAUUAUAGUAUUAUUUCGACAGAGUCUUGAAUAUGGAUUCAUUUCAAAUUUCCCAUUCACCGCAAAUUUUUGUUUGACCAACAUUUGUUUCUAAAAUUAACGUUCAUCAUUGACCGUUUGUUGUAUGAUAACUGAACAUUUAAAUUUGCGAACCAAACACAAUUUAAUUGUACACUUGUGUUAUAGCUUAAGCGAAGCAUAACUGUGUGUAAUUGGUAUAGAUAUAUAAUUCAUUAUUCUGGGUUUCCCCGGCACCUAUAUCGUUCAUGACUAAACAAUGUGUUUCCAAAAAAGCUUGACGUUGCGAAGAUCCCACAGUAAGACGACGAAAUAAGAAAAAAAAGAAACUGAUGGAAUCAUUUUGGACGUCUCUCAUGUGACGUACAUGGAGAAUAAGAAAGAUGAAAGUGAAACACGCCUUUCAAUGGAUACUGCUAAUCCCGCCUUGUGACACAGUCUCCAUAGUUACCACAGUUUCCCGGGUAACCCCCUUUAAUGUUGCCAUGGCAUCCUUCUCUGUUUCCACAGUAACCUUCCAGAUGGUUCAUAAAACUGACCUGCAAAAUAAAAGGAGAGCGUCUCAGAUGAAAAGGGAAGGCUGAACAUCAAAGUUGUCAUACAGUUUCAAUUAAGUUUUUGGACAUUGAAGUAUAAUGUAUACAGGAACUGGACUUACGUGUAAACAUGCGAGGGGAGGAGCUAUGAGGCCGCAUAAAACAUGAGACUGAGUGACAAGAAUGAAAUGGUCAACAACUAUGGCUUUAUGCUGUUAUUAAAUAAUGACAAAUUGCAAUGAUCAGAAGACUAGAUUUUUUAAGUCCAGUUAAUUUGUUCUUAAAAUGAGUGUAACAAGGUUCACAACAUAAAACAACUCUCAACAUAAUGAACACGACAUUGUUGUGCUUGCAUAGUAAGUGUAAUCAUGUACAAACAUGUUUUGGUCAUAAGCAAGCUGAGGCAAGGGAAGUUUGUAAAAUAACCUGAAAUAUCAGGAAAAUUCAUAAAUGGAGAAAAAGUGCUAUACAUCCUGUAUUAACCAGGGGCUGCUCUGUACCUUCAAAUAGUUCAGUGACUGAGUAUAAAUUUAUUCAUAAAUAAUGCAAAAUCACUCUUAAAAACACAUAUGAUCUGAUGUGCAUUUACCUUUAAUUGCCCUUCAUUCAAAUGUUAUUAUGGCUUUAACAUUGUUUUUUGUCAAUAUUCAUAUUUCUUAUAUUCUCCUUAUGGUCCUUUUCUUAAAAUAUCAUUUUGGUAUGGAAAUAACACCUGGUCUAUAAAGAACACAGGACUUAUCUGCUUUUAUGGCAGAUUUUAAAUGUAAACUGUAAAGUAUUACGGAAGUAUUAUAUAUACAAUGUCUUCCUUUGGGAAGUUUAAUUUGUAAAUUAUUUGUAAUUAUGUUUCGCAUGGCCAAUAAGUUCCUUUAAAAAAGAAUCAUCCUGCAGCCCCUAAAAAUAUGACUGAACACUGCUGUCUGUGUACAGGUUAGCUGGGGAUGGUGUGUUAUCUGUAGAUUUCCAUAUUAGGGAUGUAAUGCUUAGCCAUUCAUAAUUAACUAAGGAAACUUGGUAAAUGUAAUUUCAGACUUCAUAACUGAUGUCAUAAAAAUGCCAUUAAAAUGUCAUUCUAUACAAA